AUGAAGCUACGCUGUGAAUAUAUUUCAACCAUCCUUUACACUUCGCUUUAUAUCGUCAAAAAAAUAACUGAAAAAGAAGAGCUUACCUUAGUUCCUCAGCUUGAAGUCAUCAGAGAAGAAAGUACCAGCUGGGUUAAUUAUGCAAUCAAGGCCCUCGAAGAACUUAUUUGCAUAAUGAAAGAAAAAUUACAUCAAGUUUCAGAAAAUUCUAAUAACAGUUCAUCAUCUAAACUAUAUAAUGCUUCUUCUAGUUUCGAAUGUGAUGAGAAG